AUAAUUGGAAACCUACAUUUGGUCUGUCAUAGGUAUGCCAAGGUGACACCAUCCGUGUAACAGUUAAUAAUACUAUGGAGGAUGAACUCAGCACAUCGAUCCAUUGGCACGGCCAGUACCAAUACGGAACCAACUGGAUGGAUGGUGUUGGUAUGGUCACUCAAUGCCCCAUAAAGAAUGGUCCAUUAUUCGUUUACGAAUUUGUGGCAAAUCCAGCAGGAACCCAACUCUGGUACGAUAUGUCAGGAUUAAGCCAGAGCGACGGCUUGUUCGGCUCAUUGAUUGUUAGACAACCCAUCGAAGAGGAAGCAGAGGUCAUCAGCAAAGCGUAUGACUACGAUCUUGCUGAACACGUGAUUGUGAUGAGUGACUGGUCAACUAUAGAUGGACUGGAAACAUUCACCACUGCCUAUGCACCUGCCAAAGUAGUCAGAGAUCACACUAUUAAUAUCUUGAUUAACGGAAAGGCACAAGGAGCGGAGUUCAUAGACGCAUUUGGAAGAAGUGCGUACACUCCACGGGAGACAUUCGGAGUUGUAAAGGGAAAUCGCUACCGUAUGCGGAUCAUGAAUGCAGCAGCAACGUCUUGUAACAUCGCCGUUUACGUCGAAUCCCAUUCGCUGAAAGUUAUUGCUGCGGACGGCAGUCUGGUCGAUCCAGUCGACGUAGACUACUUGAUCAUCUCGCCAGGCGAAAG